AUGGACGGACCAAACACCAAACCAUACCACAUCCCCUCCGACGCCGUCUGGUUCAUCACCGGCUGCUCCUCCGGCAUCGGCCAAGCCCUCGUGCACCACAUCACCACCCACCACCCAACCCACCGUGUGGUCGCAACCGCCCGCAAUCCCGCCAGCUUAUCCCUCCCAACCAGCAGCAACAACCCCAACCUCCUCGCCCUGGCGCUAGACGUGACCUCGCAAGCCUCCAUCGACGCCGCCCUCCACGAGACCCUCGCCCACUUCCACCGCAUCGACGUUCUGGUCAACAACGCCGGCUACACCCUGGUGGGCGACACCGAAGUCGCCGCCGACGCCGAGUCGCGCGCGCUCCUGGACACCAACUUCUGGGGCGUGGUGAACCUCACCAAGCGCGCGCUGCGGAUCAUGCGCGAGGACAAUUCCAGGAGUGGGGGUGCGCGGGGCGGCGUGAUCCUGAACGUCAGCUCGAUGGGCGGGUUCAUCGGAUUCCCGGGGAGUGCGUUCUACCACGCCAGCAAGUUCGCCGUGGAAGGGUUCACCGAGGCGGUGGCAAGGGAGUUGCCGGGCGAGUGGAAUAUUCACCUCAGCAACAUCGAGCCUGGCGGCGUCAAAACCAAUUACGCCACGACCAGCCUCAAGACCAUGGCCCACGGGCGUCACCCGGCGUACGACCACCCCAACUAUCCGGCCAAUGCGCUGUUGGCGUAUAUGGGCCAGGAGGAGAAUCGGCGGGCGUGGGCGGAGCCCAAGGCGAUUGCGCGGGCGAUGGUCUCGAUUGUCAGUCGCGGGCGAAGGAUCCCGAUCCGGGUGCCCCUCGGCGCGGAUGCCUUUGGGAUGAUUUCGAUGGAGCUGGAGAGUAUCAAGAAGGAUUUGGAGGAGGUGAGGGAGACGAGUUUGGGGGUCGGGGAGACAGAGCAGUUGGAUUCGAUUGGGUUUUUGCAGAGGGAUUAG